GGAAACUGAGGUGGGCGGGGCAUCGCGCUGCGAGACCCGGGUCAGUGAGCAGCGGGGUUGCUGCUGCCCAGCGAGCGCGGAGCAGGACGCAGGUGGAUCAUGUGGACCCUGGUGAGCUUGGCGGCCUUAGUGACAGGGCUGGUGGCUGGAACGCAGUGCCCAGAUGGUCAACUCUGCCCUGUGGCCUGCUGCUUGGACCCGGGAGGAGCCAGCUACAGCUGCUGCAAUCCCCUGGACAAAUGGCCCACAGCGCUGAGCCGGCGUCUGGGCAGACCCUGCCGGAUUGAUGCCCAUUGCUCUCCUGGCCACUCCUGUCUCCUCACUGUCUUGGGGACCUCCAGCUGCUGCCCCUUCCCAGAGGCCGUGUCAUGCGGGGAUGGCCGCCACUGCUGCCCAAGGGGCUUCCACUGCAGUGCUGAUGGGCAGUCCUGCUUCCGAAGAUCAGAUACCAACCCCCUGGGUGCUGUCCAGUGCCCCGGCAGCCAGUUCGAGUGCCCCAACUCCUCCACGUGCUGCAUUAUGCUUGACGGCUCCUGGGGAUGCUGCCCCAUACCUCAGGCUACUUGCUGCGAAGACAAGGUGCACUGCUGCCCCCGUGGUACCACCUGUGACCUGGCUCAUACCCGCUGCCUCACCGCCACGGGCACCCUCCCCCUGGCAAAGAAGAUCCCAGCACAAAGGACUAAUAGAGCAGGGAUCAUGUGCCCAGAUGGACAGUCCCAGUGCCCUGACGAUUCUACCUGCUGUGAGCUGCCUAAUGGGAAAUAUGGCUGCUGCCCAAUUCCUAAUGCCAUCUGCUGCUCCGACCACCAGCACUGCUGCCCCCAGGGCACCGUGUGUGACCUGGCCCAGGGGAAGUGCCUCUUCCAGGAGAACAGUACGGACCUCCUCACCAAGCUGCCAGCACACACAGUGCAGGAGGUGAAGUGUGACACGGAGGUGAGCUGCCCAGAGGACUACACCUGCUGCCGCCUACCGACGGGAGCCUGGGGCUGCUGCCCGUAUGUCCAGGCUGUGUGCUGUGAAGACCACGUGCACUGCUGCCCAGCCGGGUUUACGUGUGACAUAGAGAAGGGUACCUGUAUGCAGGAAGGCCUCCAGCUGCCCUGGAUGGAGCAGGCCCCAGCCCGCCUCAGCCUGCCAGUCCCCCAAGCCAUGGAGAGUGAUGUCCCCUGUGAUAAUGUCACCAGCUGCCCCUCCUCCACCACCUGCUGCCAACUUGCGUCUGGAGAGUGGGGCUGCUGUCCUGCCCCAGAGGCUGUCUGCUGCUCGGACCACCAGCACUGUUGCCCUCAGGGCUACACGUGCUUGGCUGGGGGGCAGUGUCAGUGGGGGAACCAGAUCGUGGCUGGACUGGAGAAGGUGCCUGCCUACCGGGCUUCCUUGUCCAAACCCAAAGACACGGACUGUGACCAGCACACCAGCUGCCCAGUGGGGCAGACCUGCUGCCCAAGCCUGAGUAAGAGCUGGGCCUGCUGCCAGUUGCCCCACGCUGUGUGCUGUGAGGAUCGCCAGCAUUGCUGCCCCAAUGGGUACACCUGCAAUGUGAAGGCCCGAACCUGUGAGAAGGAGGUGGAUUCCGCCCACCUGCCCCUCGGCCCUCAUGUGGGUGUGGGGGACGUGGAGUGUGGAGAGGGGCACUUCUGCCACGAUAACCAGACCUGCUGCCGAGACAGCCGUGGGAGCUGGGCCUGCUGUCCCUACCGCCAGGGCAUCUGUUGUGCCGAUCAGCGUCACUGCUGUCCCGCUGGCUUCCGCUGUGGGGCCAAGGGCACCAAGUGUUUGCGCAAGGAGACGCUGCACUGGGACACUCCCCUGAGGGAUCCGGCCCCCAGGCAGCUGCUGUGAGGAGAGACUGGGGACCAAAGACACUCUACAGCCCUCGGGGCCCUGUUCGGAGGGCACCCGCUGCUCAGGCCUCCCUGUCACCUCUCCCCCACCAAAUUCUCCUGGACUCUCCAUUCUGAGUCCCCCAUCAUUGAGGUGGGGUCUCCAUCUAAGGCCUUCCCUGUCACACGGGGAGCUGUGGCAAAAGCCACGCUACAAGCUGCCAUUCUCUCUCUCUCAAUUUCUAUGGACCCUGUGGCCAGGUGCUCUUCCCUAUCCACAGGUGUGUUUCUAUGUGUGUGUGUAUGUGUGUGUGUGUAUGUGCUCCAAUAAAGUUUGUACACUUUC